GAACAGGAUCACACCUGAGCUUGGCAGAGGCAAGGAGCCAAGAGGUGAUCCAUUGGGCAAAGUUGACUGGGCCUGCCCAGGGAGCAGGGCAGAACCCUACCUCCCUCCUGCCCCCAACAUGGUGGCACCGGGCCGAGCGCUGUUCAUCUUCUUCGGACUGCAGCUGGCAAUAAUGGCGGUCUUGUAUCACCAAGGUUACCACCACCAGGUCAGCUAUGUCCUGAAAAUGCUGACCACCAGCGUCCUUAGUACCACCGACACCAUCCUGACAGUGAAAGAUGUCUACAGCGGCCUGGACCAAAUCCAACCCCUGAGCCCUACCAAGGAAGACCUGCCCACCUGCCCCAAGACCUCUCCUUUCGUCAGUGGCCCUCUGAAGGUGAGCUUCCCUCUUGAUAUAACGCUGGAUGACAUCGUUCAGAAGAACCCGCUGGUGCAGCUGGGAGGCCACUAUCAGCCACCCAACUGCUGGGCUCUUCACCACACGGCCAUCAUCAUCCCCUACCGGGCCAGGAGAAGGCACCUGCACCAGCUGCUCUACCACCUGCACCCCUUCUUGCAGAGACAGCAGAUCCACUAUGCCAUCUAUGUGGUGCACCAGAUGGACAAUUAUACCUUUAACCGAGGGAAGCUAUUGAAUGUGGGCUUCAAAGAGGCCAUGAAGGAGAAUAACUGGCAGUGUCUUUACUUCCAUGAUGUGGAUCUGAUUCCUGAGGAUGACCGAAACAUCUACGACUGCAGUGCCUUUCCCAUGCAUGCUUCCGUAGCCAUUGACAAGUUCCAGUAUGAGCUUCCUUACCAGACAUACUUUGGGGGUGUGAUGGCACUGCAGCCCAUUCACUAUCUGAAGAUCAAUGGUUUUCCCAACAACUACUGGGGCUGGGGGGGUGAGGAUGAUGACAUUGCAUCCAGAAUUUUCCUGAAUAAGAUGUCAAUCUCCCGGCCUCCAGCAGUAUUUGGCCGCUACCACAUGCUGAAGCAUGGUCAUGACAGAGGAAAUAAGGCCAACCCCAACAGGUUUCAGCUCCUCUCCAGAACCCAUCUGAGGUGGCGUUACAAUGGGAUGAAUAAUCUCCUCUACAGCUUACUGUCCAAGGAGCAGACCCCCCUCUACACCAACCUCACAGUGCACUUUGGUAUCGAUUACCACUAAUUGUGGUGCUUUCCUUGGGGCCCCUGGCCCCAACUCUUCUGCCUAGAACUCUGGGUCUCUUGCCUCUUGUCCCACCACAUGCCUCAUCUCUCCCAUUCAUCAAGGACCAAAGUCAGACACUCAAGACAAAUAUACAGGGAGCAGAAGGGAGAAGAAAUGUGGAAGGAGGCAGUGAGGGUUAGCGCUA